UGGGUGUGCAACUAUGACGACUGGCCACCUGGUAAAUAAAACAUUUACAUUUAUGAUCAAUAAAAAAGAGUUUCUACAAUGGAUUUGGAUAGACUGGAAGUGAUUGAACCAGCAGGUUGAACUGAAGUAACCUUACGCAUACACAGGCGCACGGAAUCCUGGGUAAGAAAAAAACACGUCAAAGCGUUUGCUGUUGCUAGGAUACCGCAGCAAGUCUCCACUUACUAGUGGAAGUGGUCGUGACAACUGAGAGAGCGCAUCCCUCUCAAAAAUGUCUUGUGCAGCGCUGCUUGAUGGCAACUGCCAGCCCAAGUCCAUGAGCCGGGCGAGCCAGUGGACCGACGAGAUCGAGAACCUGUACAGAUUCCAGCAGGCAGGCUAUCGAGAUGAGAGGGAGUACCGUCAAGUGAAGCAGGUGGAGCUGGUGGACCGGUGGCCAGAGACUGGCUUUGUGAAAAAGCUUCAGAGGAGGGAUAACACCUUCUACUAUUACAACAGGAAGCGCGAGUGUGAAGACAAAGAAGUGCGCAAAGUGAAGGUUUACGCGUACUGAACUGCACCUGGCCACGAGCAGCACUUCUCUUUUCUUUUCUACCAUGUUGUCUUUUGUCUUUUUUAUUUGUUCCACUUCUUUUUGUGUUCUUUGCAAUUCCAGCAGAGAUGUAACAGCAGUAGCACUAACAGAGUUUCAACUCUGGACAUUUCUCUGUCUCUGAAUAAAUUUGCAUUUCCUUUACCUUCAGUAACAUUACAUCACAUUCUGUGCUUUGUCUGGCCAGAAAAGGCUGCCAUGCUUGUGGCUGUACAACUGCUUCCACCUGCCAAGACAAGGGGGGAAUAAGUGUAUUUGAAUAAUAGGCACUCUGUGUAUUGGGAAAUGUUCAUACAUUUUGUCAUUUAUUACUAAUAUGUGUUAUUAAAUAUGUGGGCAAACAGUAUACAGCAUGGCCACUUUAAUUACAAUGGUUAAUCAAAUGACUUCCAAGAAAUUCAGCCAAAUUCACUUUUUCUCCCUGAGGGUUGCCUAUGUGAAUAUGUUCUAUGCAUGGUGCAUAUGCAGUAGUAAGCCUAGUUAUGGUAUUUAGGCACAUACUAUCCAUACUGUCAAGCCAAAUAUACAUAUUAUAGUUUUUUCUUUGAAAACCAAAAGAUAUUGAAGAGCCAUUUGUUAUGUAAGGUUAAAAAAUGACUUCAGGUGAAUAACUUCAGCAAAGAGUUGUGUUUAGAAUAAGUGGCCUAUUCUGAAUGAGGUCAUAACUCUUAAUCAUACAUGAAAAUCAAAGAAUAAAUAUUGGAGGUUUGUGUA